AUGACGAUAGGCUUAGAUUCAGAAUUGUGGACGAGAGCUUGUUGUUCGAAUUCUGUCGGAUAUUGUCGUGCGAGAGGUUCCAGGAUGAGCAGUGUGGCCCAUGAGUCGGGAGUGCCGAAUGCGAAUGCGAUGGUAGAGAGGGAAAGACAACGCGUGUCUCUUCUUCGGUCCGAGACGGUCACGACGAAGCGUUCCUUCGCGAGAGGGAAGGACGAGGAUGAUUUCGGUUCCGGCAUUCCGAUCAGCUUAUACUUCCGCUUCUUUGUCGCAUGCAUUCCGCCCGUUGGAGUCGGGCAACGUCUUGGGCCUUCCGUUGUCCGGGCCGGAGUUGAAGCGUUUGGUUGCUUUCGUUCUGUUGAUUUGGUCUGGCGUGACGGUUGCUUAACCUGGACACCAGUUUAUUUUUAUUUUUUGCGGAACGGGGAACAGCGUCCUGGACAGGCCAAGUUAAAAUUGUUGGGCUUGGGCCUGUCCCAAGGAUCCUGUUCCCUAACCGUUGCCUGCGCCACCAACCCCCUUCCUGCAGACCUCACAGGGACGGUAUGGCUGACGAAUAAAAAAGUGCAGAGGAUUGAUGGCCCCUGGCUGUGGUUUUUCCCGGACUACGGGGGUGGACGAGCAGACGUUGACGUCGUGCUGUGCAGUGUCUCAGCCUUGUUGCGCUCGUUGAUCUCUGGUUCCCUCGGAACGCACUAUUUAUCUGACGAUCAUCUCGACAAGACUGGCUCUGUAUCGUUUGACUUUGUUUUGCUCCUCGACGUGGCUGUACUCCUCAAGAGGACCAAUGCUGCCUGGCUUGAUUGGUGUUUCGCUCGGAAUUCCGAAAGGUUUCUGUCUGCCGAGUAUUUCUUGAACGCGGUACUCUAUGUUUUCAACGAGCGAGCAUAUUUUGCCGGUGUGGUUGCGAGUGGUCCGCUCCUGGCGUCGUUUCCAUACCUCGCGGCUGGGAUGGGCAUGGGGGCACCUCCUCUGGGCACUGCAACACCCGGGAAUGCGGCGGCUGCAGCAGCUGCUGCUGCUGCCGCGGCCGCCGCCCUGGGCUCGCCCGUGCGCCCUGGCGCCCCCGCUGGGUUCACGUAUGCCCCAGCGGCGACCGUGUGCUACUGGCCCUUCCUGAGCCCGCCCGUCAGCCCAACGUACUACGGUGCACCCUGCACGCCGCUCACCUCGGCACAGUCCCCUGUCACCACGUUGACGCAGGAGUUCGUAGAGCUGCAACGUGGCUGCGACGGACGCCCGUCCGGCGAAGCCUUGGUGACAUUUCCGACGCACGCUCAGGCCACGGAGGCCAUCCGCCUCAAGGACCACCACAAUAUGGGACCGCGCUACAUUGAGCUGUUCAUGACUUCGUGAACGCGUCUUUCGCUGUCGCCGACGAGCUCCCAACACCCGCACGAGUGCCAGAGUUGCAUGAUGGGAGUAGGAUUUGCUCUCUUCUAGAUUCCCCCCUCUUCCACGCACAACGCGUCGUCUGUGUUCCACUCUAGCAGUUGCAAUAUUUUUAGUCGUUCGCUCUUCCGGACC